AUGGUUCAAGACCCAGCCUCCAACGUCGACAAACCCGUAAUCGUCAUCGUCCCAGGUUCGUUCUCCCCGGCGCCAUUCUACGCAGAUGUCGUCGCCGCAUUGCGCUCGCAUGGAUACGAGGCCAUUGUCGAAACACUGCCAUCAUCCGCUCGGUCGCCUCUUCGGGGCGAGAAAGCAGCGACCAUGCAGGAUGACGCGGACCAUUUCCGUAACAUCGUAGAGAAGAUUGCCGAUCAGGGCAGGGACGUCGUCAUCAUGACACACUCGUAUGGCGGCUUUCCAGGGACGGAGUGCUCCAAGGGUCUUUCGAAGGAAGAGCGAAACACAGCGGGCAAAACUGGGGGCAUUUCGAGGUUCGUAUAUGUCACCUCGGUGGUGCCAACGCCGGGACACUCAUUGAAGGAUCUGAUGGGCGAGUUGGUCCCGUCGUUCAUCAACGUAGAGGGCGAGUUCAUGAGCCACGUCACCGAUGAAAGUGCCAGGUUGACCUUUUCCGAUAUGCCAUUCGAGGAGGCCAAGGUCUGGGCAGAUAGGAUGUCUUAUCACUCCGCAGCUAGCUUCGAUGGAAAGCUCACAUAUCCGGGGUACAACAAGAUCCCAGUGUCGUAUGUCUUUUGUGAGCAGGAUGUGAUCCUGCCGCCGGAGUUCCAGAGAUCCGUGAUUGAGGGUAUUGAACGGGAGAGCGGGAAGAAGGUAGAUGUUCUUCGCCUGAGCACGGCGCAUUGUCCGAAUAUUAGUGCUCCUCAGGAACUUGCUGCCACUGUCGUUAAGGCGAUAGCAACAGCAGGUUGA